CAGCAAUGCUAUUAUCGUCAUCAUAUUGCUAAACUACAAGUUUAUUGGUCGGACGACCAUGCAAACUUUAUCAAGUGAACACUCUUGAGUCUUGACCAAAAAGAGUGUUACCACUUACCACCCAAAAGAAAAUUUAAACGACAAGGGCAUCACUUUCAUCUUGUUUCCCAGGCCCAAUCCAGUACCCAUUUUAGGGCCAGUUGACAAUUGGGCUCUUAAAUGAUUGGGCCUCACCGCCAACGAACAACGGUGGCGCGCUGCUACCGCUUUUAUCUCCUCAAAACAAUCCCACCCAGCGCGGCACAAAACAAAAGAUCCUCCUGACGCGACUAGUCUUCUCCAUUACUUUUACUUACACUGAACCUCCAUAUCUAUCACUGAUGAAGAUAACUCAACGGCCUUGAAAGCUCCCCGCCAUCUCUCUCCGAGCCGGUAACCGUCGGAGAAGAAGAAGAAGAAGAGCGAACGGAAGCCAGUCCCACAAAACGGCGGCGUAGUUUCUUGAAACUUGCGUAGUAUACAGGCAGAUUGAGCCAGCAGGAGCAGUAAUGACCACGGUUUCGCUAUCUAAACCACCGCCGUGCCUCUACAGCCACUCGAACCCUAUCCGGCUGUUUUCGCCGCCGGUGAUUCUGUCUUUCUCAUUUCACCGCACGAUUCCCAGGGUUUGUUGCGCGCUGAAGACGGAAUCGGAAGGGUCGAAUUUGUUGAGGAAGCCAGUUUCCCCUACGGCGAGGGAAUUGGGCGGAAUUUCGGACCAAGAGGAUGACGACGCCGUUGAGGCGAAGUACAGGAAGGAAAGCGAUGAAGAAAGCGUGGGGGAGGAGGAGGAAGACGAUUGGGUGGAUUGGGAGGACCAGAUUUUGGAGGACACGGUUCCGCUUGUUGGGUUCGUGCGAAUGAUCCUGCAUUCUGGCAAAUAUGAAAUUGGGGAAAGGUUAAGUCCGGAUCAUGAGAGGACUAUUGUGGAUAGGUUGCUUCCGUAUCAUCCUGAAUGUGAGAAGAAGAUUGGGUCUGGGAUUGAUUAUAUCACGGUCGGGUAUCAUCCAGAUUUCACAAGCUCUCGGUGUCUGUUCAUAAUCCGCAAAGACGGACAGUCAGUUGACUUCUCGUACUGGAAAUGCAUAAAGGGCCUGAUCAGGAAAAACUACCCACUCUAUGCCGACACUUUCAUCCUCAGGCACUUCCGACGACGGAGGCGGAAUUGAUCCGAUCUCACGAGCUAGUUUGAGCAGAGAGACCCGACCUCCCUGUAUAAUCAGAAUCUGCUGAAAGAUUUGUGUUGUUCAUUUUUCUUUGCUUUAUAAAUAUGUAUGAUUUUGUAUCUGAAAUUGGUUAGGAACUGAAGUUUUGAUUAGAGUGGCAAUUCUCAAUCCAAUCCACUAAUCCAAUCUACCAACUCAUUAAAAUAUCCAGCUAAUCCAUUUAAAUCCAAUAAUCCAAAUUCAUUUGGAUUGGUGGAUUCAUUGAUUGAUCCAUGGAUCCAAAUGAUAAAUUAUGGUUUGGUACCUACACUUUUUUAUAUUUUACAUAUUCGUAUCCAAAA